AUGGGAGAAGAAAACCAAACCUAUGUGACUGAAUUUAUCUUCCUGGGCCUUUCACAAGAUCCACAGUUUCAAAUUCUACUCUUCUUUCUUUUUCUAAUCAUCUAUCUGCUAACUGUACUGGGAAAUCUGCUCAUCAUUGUGCUCAUUCACAUAGACUCCAAACUCCACACACCCAUGUACUUUUUCCUUAAGAACUUGUCCUUUGCUGAUCUGUGCUUUUCCACUACCACAGUUCCCCAGGUGAUCAUCCACUUCCUGGCAAAAAGAAAAAGCAUUUCAUUUGCUGGGUGCUCAACACAGAUAGUAGUUUUGCUUCUAGUUGGAUGUACAGAGUGUGCUCUGCUGGCUGUAAUGUCCUAUGAUCGAUAUGUAGCUGUCUGCAAGCCUCUGCACUAUUCCACCAUCAUGACUCAUUGGGUAUGUAUUCAGUUGGCUUUAGGAUCCUGGGUCAGUGGAGCAUUUGUGUCUCUGGUGGACACCACUUUCACUUUGUGCCUGCCCUACAGAGGAAAGAAUAUCAUUAACCACUUCUUUUGUGAACCUCCAGCUCUCCUAAAGUUGGCUUCUGCAGAUACCUACAGCACAGAAAUGACCAUUUUUGCCAUGGGUGUGGUCAUUCUCUUAGCUCCUGUUUCCCUGAUCCUUGUCUCCUACUGGAAUAUUAUAUCUACUGUCAUUCGGAUGCAGUCAGAUGAAGGAAGACUCAAAGUUUUUUCCACUUGUGGAUCUCAUCUCAUUGUUGUUGUCCUUUUCUAUGGAUCUGCUAUAUUUGCAUAUAUGAGACCCAACUCCAAGAUAAUGAAUGAGAGGGACAAAGUGAUCUCUGUCUUCUACUCAGCAAUUACACCCAUGUUAAACCCCAUUAUUUAUAGUCUGAGGAAUAAGGAUGUCAAAGGGGCUCUCAGGAGAAUAACUGCAAAAUAG